AUGUCCUGCGGGUUUCUAGACUCAGACCGGAUACUCACGAAGCUUUCGUCAGUGGGCUCCUCCCAAUCUCAAAAUCACAAUCUACUUUCUAUGAAGUACCCGUUAUAUCUCACACAGGAUGACAGACCUCUCGCCGGGUUGAGAUUUGCUGUCAAAGACACACUUUCCAUACACGGCCUUCGAACGGGUUUUGGCAGCCAAGCCUGGCUCGAAACGUCUCCGGCCGCGACGUUGACAGCCCCUGCAAUCCAGCUGCUCCUGGAUGCUGGUGCGACCUUGGUUGGGAAGCUGAAAACCACCGAAUUCGUGGAAGGAGUCGACCCAAGUGAAUGGAUUCACGCGCCAUCGUCCUCGAGCACCGGCAGCGCCGUUGCUAUAGCUGCCUACGAAUGGCUAGAUUUCACUAUUGGUACGGAUACAAGAGGCUCGAUUAGGCACCCUGCCGGUGUAAAUGGAGUGUAUGGACAGAGACCCUCCCACGGGCUUGUGAGCCUCGAAGGCGUGCUUGGCGCGACUGACUUGUUCAACACCGUCGGCAUAUUUGCCAGGGAUGUCCGGGUGUUUUCUGAUGUUGGCUCAUACCUCGUCAAUCCGCGAAAGUUUCCACAACCGACACCCGAAGUCCGGAAGUACAAUUUGCUUUAUCCGACUCGCGCAUCACAAACCCAGACUCCCUAUCAAAUUCACGGCGGUCAACAUCGCUGGUUCCCUCACCCCUCGGUGGACACGGCCUUCUGGACCGAGGCCGAAAAGCAAAUUGAAGGCAUGCUACUCAACCUCGAAUCCAAGCUCAACUGCGAGCGGAUCGCAUUCAACAUCAACGAGCUGUGGCGCGCAACACCACCGAUCGGGCAGCCGAGGUCACUGGACGAAGCGGUUGGCCACAUCUACUCGGCAGUCACCACCGCAUCCGCCAUCCACGGCGGGCUCGAUAAGUUCAUCUCCGAGUUCCAGACCGCCAACGACGGCGCAGCGCCGAAGAUGUCCGAACUCGUCAGUCGGCGCCUCGAUCACGCCCGGCCACUCAAACCGGUGCAGAUCGCUGCCGCCCUGCAGGCAAUGCAGGCGUUCCGCUCGUGGACGCAAACCACGCUGUUGGUCUUUCCGCAGUCCUGGGGACGGCGGGAUUAUCGCGACGACGUCCCCGAUCGCAGUGUGUUGUUCAAUGACACUUUCAGCAUCUACUCGUUUGGGUAUCUGGUGGGGUGUCCGGACUAUACGGUGCCGGUGGCUGAGGUGCCGUAUUUCUCGACCGUCACGGAGCAGACCGAGUUUCUCCCCGUCUCGAUCAGCUUGGUUGGGAGGCCCGGGACCGACUUGGAGUUGUUUGACCUCUUGCGAUAUUUGCGUCAGGAGGGAGUUAUCGCUGAUGUCUUGGCUGGCUCAAGGCUUUAUGCCGAUGCCACCAGUGGACAGGGUUGCAAUUUGGACAGGCCAGAUUAG